UAAAUUCAUGAAAAUAAGUUCUUUUUCCUAGAGUUAUUUUUUUAUAUUUUUUAAAAUGUCAAUUUAAAAACAGAGAACAUUCAACUUUAAAAAAACUAAAAAUAAAACCCUUUUGUGUGUUUUUUUAACUCGUGUAUUUAUAAGAAAACGACAAUUGAUAACAUGACAAAGAAAAGCUUCAAUUUAUUUAAUUCAAAGCAAGUAAUUGCAGUGGAAAAGAAUGAUAAAGAAAUAACAACAGAAAAUGAUGAUGCAAUAAAAGAUGUUGAAGAAUCAGUUGAGAAAGUUAAAGACCCGGGAUUAUGGCGAGAUCUUGUUGCUUAUUGGAUGUUUGGGUUGUGUAAUAAUUUUGGAUAUGUUGUGAUGCUAACAGCAGCUCACGACAUCAUCAAUGAACUCUCAGGAGAUCACAACGAAGGCCAUGGAAAUGAACCACUUGCUCCGGGAGUUCGGCCUUGUAAUGUUCUUAGUACUGGUGCAAUUCUUUUAGCUGAUAUUAUUCCAGGAUUGAUUAUCAAAACUCUUUCACCAUUUCUUCCUUUUUGGGCUACUGUACGAGUAACGGUCGCAUGUAUUGUUGCCAUAUGUGGUUUCGUAGCUGUAGCUUUUGCUGAUUCUCAAUGGUUAGCACUUGGCGGUGUUGCAAUGACUUCAUUUUCUUCUGGCUUAGGAGAACCGACUUUCCUUGCUUAUUCAGCCUUUUUCAAUAAAAAUGUAAUAUCAACAUGGUCAAGUGGAACAGGCGGUGCUGGUAUCGUUGGAGCUUUAGCUUAUUCAAUUCUACGAGGGGUUGGACUUUCAAAUCAACAAACACUUCUUGUGAUGAUCAGUGUACCUGCAGUAGAACUUGUAGUCUUUUAUUUUUUGCUAAGAAAACCAGCAAGUAAGAGAAUUGAAGAUCAACAUAUGGGAGAUGAUGUGGCUAAGGAAGAUAUCGUACCAAAAAUGAAAACAGUCACAGAGAAAUUAAUUUACAUCAAAUCUUUAGUUCCUUACAUGUUACCAAUUGCACUUGUAUAUUUCUUUGAGUAUUUCAUUAAUCAGGGACUAUUUGAACUUGUUUAUUUCCCUGACAUAUUCUUAGAUAGUAGUGAACAAUAUCGAUGGUAUCAAGUGACUUAUCAAAUUGGUGUCUUCGUAUCAAGAUCGUCAGUGAACAUCAUACAAAUUAAACAGAUUUGGGUGAUGGCUAUUUUGCAAGGACUGAAUGUUGUCUUCUUUAGUUUUGAAGCUGUUUACAUGUUCACACCGAGUAUUUGGAUUAUAUUUGGCAUGAUAUUCUUUGAAGGAUUGCUUGGUGGUGGCGCAUAUGUCAACACAUUCUAUAGAAUGAGUAAAGAAAUUCCCGCAACACGACGUGAAUUCGCAAUGAGUGUUGUGACCUUAAGUGACUCCAUUGGCAUUACAGCUGCUGGAUUUGCUGCAAUACCGACUCAUAAUUUGUUUUAUCAGGGAUUAACAGGUGGAUUAAGCAUUAAUCCGACUUCUGUUAAAAAUGUUUAUCGACAGUAA